CUGGCGCGCACAACACAACACACACACUUUGCUGUUGAGGGUGAUAGAAGUCUUCACGCAAUGUGAAGACACGACUUGGAUGCAAAAUAUCUAAUAUACGACGAAACGUUAGAGCAUUAUACGGCCUACGUGAGUUCGAUGGUGUAUUUUAAUCAUAUUAGAUAUAUACCUGCGUUUUAGUGGAAAGUUUGGGAUCUCUCGCUCUAAGUGAAUGAACUGGGAAAGCACUGUAUUACAACUUGGAUGAACAGGUUCUCUCCUCGCGCCCCGGGACAUGUUUUAUUGGUGUUGGGUAGGGAAUUAUUUUAUCAUAUAAUUAGGUGGCAAAACACCUCGCCUCCACCAUGAAGAGCUCAAGAGGUACAGUAGCGACGCCAUCUUUCCAGUCCUCUCCAAGGGCUGCGCGGCAGAGCGAGUGGCUGCGGAGCGCUCUGGCCCACCAUCACUGCCCCGACCCCGGCGUGGAGAACGAAAUAGUGGUCCUGGCCACGGGGAUUGACCAGUACCUCCAGGAGGUGUUUCACCACUUGGUUUACCCCAAACAAGACGACGUGGUCUCGGCAGAGGACUUCACUGUGCUUUGCUCAGUGCUGGGGCUUACCGGAGAGGAAAGUGAGACAAGAGAUGGAGAGGAGGGAGAUGAUGAUGAGGAGGGUCAAGGUAUUUGCUCGGGGCUCCCUCGCGAGCUGGCCUUUAGGGACUUCCAUUCGCGGCUAUGCGGUUAUUUCCGCGUCCGAGAGCGCGAUGGAACUGGACCUGGGGUCAUGCGCCUCCCAGUUACAGAGGAGACAGAGCACAUUGAGCGCGAGAUCCGGCUUCGGUGGCCGCGGGUCAGGCGAAGGAAAUGUGUCAGUUUCGACCUCACAAGAGAACAAACCGGGAGGAGGCCCGUGCCCAAGGCGCACAACCGUGAAACGGGUUCAUCAGAACUACAUCAUAAAACAGGCCAGACAGAAACAGAGUGUGUGGCUCUGAGGGAGCUGGUUGAGGACCUGCGCUCUGCUCUACAGGGCAGUGAUGCUCGCUGCCUGGCUCUGGAAGUCGCAUUACGACGACAGAGGGGCCCAGCCAGGCUUACCAUGCACCACUCCAAUGUAGCGACUUCAAACACACAUACACCCUCAAACAUACCAAUUCCAAAUGCCCAGGGACGAGAGAGGGGUGCACCUAACCCCCCAAAAGAAGUGAUCCCAAAUCCAAACCCCCAGGGCCGAGGGUGCGGGGUGGGGGAAGAGAGGGUAGCAGGGAGACGGGGCUCCAAAGACCCUAUCCUCAGGGAGCUGCAGCUGAUUCGCUCCUCACGUGACGGACAGCUGGAGGAGGCAAUCAGGUUCAACCAGCGGCUGGAGGAGGAGCUUGGCUGGGCAUAUGGGGAGGCUCGCAGGCUGGAGGCGGUGGAGUCUCGUCUACGGCAGGAGAACGCUGAGAUCAGGCGGAGAACAGAAGAGGCGAGGGAGGCUCUCAGAGAGGGGCUCAAGAAGGUGAGACUGAUCCAGAAACAGGCUCAGGACGUCCCUCAGCUCCAGAGCAGAGUCACACAGCUGGAAACAGACAUUCAAGAGUACAGAUCACAGUGCACCUGCAGAGGAAGCCACGCCUCACCGCCUCGAGAGCCCAUGGACGACACCUGCCUCCAGCGAGCGGUGGAGGGGAGAGCUGCCUCGGACGAGGAAGAGGAAGAGAGGGAGAGGAGGAAGGAGGAGAGGGAGGAAGGACAGUGCUGCCUUUUGGAGGUGAAAAGGCUCAUCAACAGACUGCACAACUGUGGUAAAGGGUGUCAGAAUACAACAGCCCACCACUUGCUACUCUCCCAGAACCUCCUCCUUGACAACCAGAACAAUCUCCAUGGCAAUGACCUCCUCACGAUCCCCAGGGGGCGGAGCCGCAGAGGUCACACUUAUCAGGAGGAGAGGGAGACCGAGUUAGAGAAGAGGCAUGAGGAGGUGGAGGGGUUGAGGUUGGAGGUUCAGAUGGUGGAGACAGAGAGAGUACGUCUGUCACUUUUGGAGGAGAAACUGACAGACACACUAACACUGCUACUGCAGCUACGCAUCAAGGGUGUCUCUCGUAGGUCUCUGGGGAAGAUGCUGAUGGACACUCUGGAUGUCUGCAGCAAGAGUGGACAUAGCCCAUCCCAUGUGCUGCAGGUGGUCAAUGCCUUCUGUGCCCAGCUUUCGUCCAAUGAGCUGCUGCAAGAUGGGGUAGGAGUGGGAGGGGAAGGUGGCUGGGUAGGAGGAGAGGCACGAGUAUCUGUGUCUACAAGCCAGAGACCCUCAAGCACCGCCAAACCCCUUGCGCAUCUCCUGUUUAGACAACACACAACCCUCUCUUCUCACCAAACUCCCCAACUCCCCUCCAUGAACACUACAUAACUGGUCUACAGCUACAGUACACUCCUAAACCUCCUUCUGAUUAUGCUACUAUACCACUUCCUCUUGUAUACCACUUCCUCUUGUAUACCACUUCCUCUUGUAUACCACUUCCUCUUGUGUACCACGUCCUCUUGUGUACCACGUCCUCUUGUGUACCACUUCCUCUUGUAUACCACUUCCUCUUGUGUACCACGUCCUCUUGUGUACCACGUCCUCUUGUGUACCACAUCCUCUUGUAUACCACGUCCUCUUGUGUACCACGUCCUCUUGUGUACCACAUCCUCUUGUGUACCACGUCCUCUUGUGUACCACAUCCUCUUGUAUACCACGUCCUCUUGUGUACCACGUCCUCUUAUAAAGGGAAAGGUAAAGGGGGGUACCUAGUCAGUUGUCCAACGGAAUGUAUUCAACUGAAAUGUGUCUUCCGCAUUUAACCCAACCCCUCUGAAUCAGAGAGGUGCGGGGGCCUGCUUUAAUCGACAUCAACGUCUUCGGCAUAUACCACUUCCCCAGGAGUAGGCCUAGCUAUGAUUGUAUAUAUGAGAGGAAGAUACUACAGGUUCAUCUCUGUUGCUCUGGGGCUAUAACAGUUUCUGUCUGUGUACUGCUAUAUGUACACAGCAGAUUUAGCCUUUCAUCUCUGUAUAUCUAUUCUGUUGUGUUUGUUACUAACAUGGCACUUAUGACACAAUCAUGAUUAUUUAUGCACAUUUAUAUAUUCAUAUUUAUACUAAUGGGACAAGUUUGAUUAGCUAUGUAUUAUGUUUUUGUCUUUCUGUGUCAUUUGACAUGUUUUGUUAGUUUAGUUUAAAGCUUUGUAGAGGAGCACACUAGUGUGAUGACUGUGUGAUGACUGUGUAUGUAUGUCUUCUGAUUGUACAUUAGAUACACUGCUUACUCUACAUCAGGUACAGUACUUUAUACUCUAUUCAUUAUUUAUCAAAUCUCUCAUUGAGAUUACACAUCUUUUCACAUGAGGGACCCAGGAGCCCUGAUUUAUAAACAUGUAACAUUCUAAUUAUUGCAGUUAUUGUAGAGGACAAUUAAUACAUGAAUUAAUAAAACCUCAUAAAAUGUG